AUGAGAGAAAAAAUAUUACUAUUGAACUUAUUACUGUCAGUGAGCUUUGUGACAUGUGUGACGGUGCCAAGUAUACCGAAUCACCUGCGGGACUGCUAUCGGUCGGGGGUCCCCGACCUGCCGGCCCCUAGGCGCCUCGACGUGUUCCUGUCCCUCUUGCAGAAGCUAGAACUACAGUCACAACUAGACAUGAGACUGCUUAGCUCCGGUUUACUAAGAAGCCUGCGUCUAGAUGGCAUUGAACAAUCGUCGGUGAAUGCUGUGGAAACUGAAUUCCUAUUGCCAUUCAGAGCAUCCAGCUUCCAAUUCAACAAGUUCAAGAUCCUCAUGGAUAUUUUUCUGCCGAGUCAAAAUUUGGUGCAAGUUGAUGAGAUUCUGCCAAUAGCUGAAAAAUGUCUAAUGCACAAAAUGCUGAGUUCGGCUGUGCGGCAAUGGGAGAGAGGCGAUGAAAAUUUAGUAUGCCCGUUAUCAGCACAACUUGCUCAGAAUAUUAAUAAUAUGGAUACACAGAGUAAUAGUAGAGUGAUCAGUAGAUGCCCUAUAGAAGAUGGAGUAAUUCAGACACAAUGGGGCACGAUAUCCCCUGGAACUGUCAUAGCUGCAGUCGCCGCAUCUUUGGAAUCUCAACGAGUAUCAGUCACAGAUAUACUAAACGCGAUCAUAUUUAAGGAGGAUGUAGCUGAACCACUGAUGGUGUCAGCUAAACAGGAGUGGGUUGAUGAUAUAGAAACGUUAACCCCUACAGUUAAUAAUACACCAGGCAUACGACGACAGUCCGAUGUGGCUGAUAUAGGGAAUGUCUGGGUCGCUACCCUCGCUGGUGAUUUAGCAGAAGUUGUGGUUAACCAAGGUCCUCGUGUGGGUUCCGUUGCGCAGAACAUGGUGAUCGGCAGUAACAAUCGUUGGAAUGACACUUUACUUCCUCGAGACCAUUACCUCUUCCCCCAAAACUUGACCGUCGCUGACUGGCAGCUCACGGACGCCGAGAUACUUGCAGGCAUCGAUGGUCUCAUAUUAGCACAUCACGUACCUAAAUGGGUGGAACAGAGACGAUCAUUAAGACUAUCUCAAGUAUUAGACAUGUAUUAUUCUAACGAAGGAGUAUCAUUCGACCCUUCAAUAAAGGCCUGUAACCGUCAGAAUCUGUUCACGAACAUUGUGAACAAGGAGGAUUUGCUUGUGGAAACCUCUAGAUUCGCUCAUGUUCUGUCUCUAAGACAGAUCACUGUGUACGUACCCGUUGAAGAGAUGGAGAGGAUGGCGGUUGCCGCAGUCAACGCCUUUAUGGAUUACGCUCCUAAUUUAUUACGUCGAGUUCAUAAAGAAUGUGAUAUGCUCGGCGGUGCUCCUGUCGUGGACUUGAUAGUCGCUACAGACGGGUCAUGGAAAGGCUACGACGUCGAACAAUUUAUGUCGUGGAUCGGCGGCUCUCUGGAAAUAAAUAUGCAAAGAGGUUCUAUUUCCCUUCUCCAUGGCAACACAGGAACUUGGAUCGCUCCCCCUUCGUACAACCUCACUACAAUGUUCUCCUACAUUAAGAAUUUUACCGACGAAUGGCCCAACCGUCUCAACCUACCAACAGUGAUGUCCACAAUUCUGCAGUAUUCGCUGAACAAAUCUCUAGCAGAAAUAUCCAACAACGCUAGUGGUGGGCCCAGCACUGUGGUCCUCAUAGUGAGCCCUACCGACCGCCCUUCCGCACCGGAGAUGGAUCGCACCAGAGAACUGAUGGCGUUAUUAAGGGCCAACUACUUCGACGUCUACUUCUCUUACGUGGCUGAAGAUCUUUCUGACUUCCAGAAUAUUAACAAUGAGUAUUUGGAUUAUUCUGAACUAUUUAUUUCGACGACAUCCACAAGUGUGCAAGAUAUAGUGGCUGGCGUAGAUACAUUCCUGGUGAAGAGUGACAUUCCACAAAGGUUAAUGGGCCCCCAGUGUCCGUUCAACAACACUGUGUUCAACCAAAUAGAGUUCGAGGACUUCGUGCUGCCUAACCGACCCAUGUUGUACCGAAUUCAUCCCUACUAUUUAAGACUACAGAAUUUGAUCAGAGUUCAGUUCCGAAAUGAUGGUCAAGGUCAGCUGUUGGUCUGUAUGUGGCGUGGUGCAGAAGCUUCCCACAACUGUCAGACUUUAGAACACCGAGGAAUACACAUGUUCAACCUGACAAAGCCGUGCCCAUCUCCAGACUUCUGUCUGCCUGCGUACUUUACUGUCACCGCUAUGUCAACCGACAAUCUGUGUGCAAACAAUGACUGCCGUCUCCCGCACCAAGUUGGGUAUUACAUGAGCCAUGGAGGGCUUAGGUGCUUACCCUUACAGGGUAACGCGAACACAUCUGAACCGUUUCUUAAAUUAAUAUUCAUUAGUUUGUUACUAUUAAUAUUCAAAAUAAAUAUGCCUAUAAAAUAA